UUCAUCCCUGUACCCUGAUUUGGUUCAAUGUACGAUACCUUUUACGGAAUAAGGAAAGCUUUAGCUGACUCUAUGGGAUUCAUAUUCUCUUGUCAUUUUAUGUACGGUGAGUUUGUCUUCAUUCGUCCGCUUGACGAGUCUUUACUGUGUAUACUCGUUACCCUCCUCAGAGCGGUCAAGAAAAGGUCCGUAGAAAUCAUGGACGCUCCUCUUGAUUUCUCAACACCAGCUUUAGCCACCACCACCACCAUCCUCUGCCUCGUCCUAGCCUUUGUAAUUGGGAGAAAGUUUCUCUUCAGCUCCAAACUUAUGCCUGCUGUACCUGGGAUGCCCUUGAUUGGGAAUUUGCAUCAGCUCAAGGCUAAGAUGCCUCAUCAGACUUUUGCUAAAUGGGCAGAGAUUUAUGGACCAAUAUACUCUAUAAGAUUGGGAUCAUCCACUAUGGUUGUCCUCAAUUCAGCCGAACUCGCAAAAGAGGCUAUGGUGACUAAGUUUUCAUCGAUUUCGACUAGGAAGCUUUCAAAUGCACUGACAGUGCUCACAUGCCAAAAAUCUAUUGUUGCCAUGAGUGAUUAUGGCGAGUACCAUAAAAUGGUGAAGCGAUAUGUACUUUCAUAUCUCUUGGGAGCAAAUGCUCAGAAGCGAAAUCGUGGCCACAGGGACACUAUGAUAGAGAACAUUAUGAACGCCCUAUUUGCAGAAGUUACAAAUGAUCCUCAUAAGGCAGUGAAAGUCAGAGAACCGUUCAUAGCCGAGCUUUUCAGAUUGGCCUUAAAACAAGCAUUGGGUAAGGAUGUAGAGUCCAUUUAUGUGGAGGAGCUCAGAGUAACAAUGUCGAAGCAAGACAUUUUUAAUGUACUAGUAUUAGAUCCGAUGAUGGGAGCUAUUGAAGUAGAUUGGAGAGAUUUCUUCCCAUACCUGAGAUGGGUCCCUAAUAAGAGCAUCGAAACUCGAAUUCAGAGUAUGGAAAUGCGCAAGAGAGCAGUAACAAAGGCCCUGAUCAUGGAGCAGAAGAAAAGGAUUUCUCGUGGAGAGGAAAUAAACUGUUAUUUGGAUUUCCUCUUGACUGAGGAGACUACACUGACAGAGGACCAGUUGAUUGCAUUGGUUUGGGAAGCGAUUAUUGAAACCUCUGAUACAACUCUGGUAACAACUGAAUGGGCUAUGUAUGAACUUGCUAAGAAUCCCAAGUGUCAGGAUCGUCUAUAUCAAGAAAUUCAAGAAGUGUGUGGCUCAGAGAUAAUCACAGAGGAUCAUCUGCAGAAAUUACCUUAUUUGAAUGCAGUUUUCCAUGAAACUCUCAGAUAUCAUUCACCUGUUCCUAUUAUUCCUCCAAGAUAUGUUCAUGAGGAUUUCCAAAUUGUGCUGUCUCAUUCUUGAUACAAUUUACAGAUAGCCAUCAAUCUGUAUGCAUGCAACAUGAACAAGAAGGAUUGGGAAGAACCUGAACAGUGGAAGCCCGAAAGAUUUCUAUCUAGCAACUAUGAACCAAUGGACAUGCACAAAACAAUGGCUUUCGGAGGUGGAAAGAGAGUCUGUGCUGGUUCUUUGCAGGCUUAUCUAAUUUCUUGUACGGCAAUCGGUAGAUUUGUACAAGAAUUCCAGUGGAGGCUUAAAGAGGGAGAGGAAGAGAAUGUAGUUACUGUUCAGCUUACCACUCACAAACUCCAUCCUAUGCAAGCCUAUAUAAAACCAAGGAAAUCAUAGGAAUCGAGAAAGAAGUACCCUUUGCUGUAGCCUGGCUCCCUUCUUUUUCCAUAGAACAGAUGAAAAUUUUAUAUGGUCUUAACCUGAAACGCUGUACGAACAAGAAUGUUGUCCCAGUGCCUAAUGAGCAGACAUCAAUAUCUAUAUUAUCGAUUUUGAUCUACUACU